AUGAAAAGCGGAACGAAAAUUUUGAAAAAGGCUCGAAAAUUCGAGCCUUAUCUGCCCGCGAGUGUGGUAUGGGAUUCGCCUGGGACGAAUAGAAAUGCAGGCAACAGAUCGAAUGCCACCGCACUUGCAGACGUGUGUUUGGCGUGUCAGCAGGUGGCCGGUGUCCCUAACUCUUUGCCUGGACAGGGGCCGUCCCUUUCGCACUGGGACGCGUCCACAACAUCCUGUACAUUAGCAUUGAAAAACAGUCUCAUAAAACUUCAUGAAGAAGGGGGGGGGAGGUUUCUAUUGAUUUCCCUUCCUCUUGAUUUUCCGGGCAUCCUGGGUUUCUUGUGA